AUGGAGAUCUUCCCAUUAACAGGCGCAAAUUUUAAUGAACCAAUUAUAAACUCUGAUAACAACUUCGAUAUCAACAUUCACAACCAUCUCACAACCAGUGAUAGGAGAGCUGCCAUUGCAUCAGAUGGAACAGCAAAGAUUAACUCCGAUGAGGAUGAUGAGUGUAUCGACAUCAGCUCAGAAGAUGAAGUAGCGCAAGGUGCCAAUGUCAAAUAAUCAAACUUAUUGGAAUCAUUCUUUCACACAGAUGAUACUGAUCAAGUUGGUUAAGUUUACGCUGGUGCGCAAAGCUUUGUCGACGAACAGGCAAGUACCAAGUUGGUUAAAAAAAUUGUUCAUGAUAUCAUUGAUGUAGGACCAAUGUACUUUGCCAAUCUUGAAGAGAUCCAACAGAAGAUGGUUAUCAAUGGCUAACUAAGCCGCUGCCUUUCUUGCCGUUGCUUCUGCAAAAGCAAAUUCUACCAACCAAAAGUGCACAGAUCUUUUCCAUCGGAGCGUCGGCCUAUGCAUGACAGCAAUCAAUUGAUAUUAGGUGUUCCCGUCACAAAAAACGGCAGU